CUAUUUUCCAGCCUCGUUGUAGCUCCACUGACUGUCAACAGCUCAACCUAACUUACAUACAUGCAGCAUAGCUCGUUAUCUUCUAAGUUCUUUCAAUUCCUGCCUGCUCUACUUUACCUUACCACCGUCUUCACUUUUGAUUGAAGACUGUUCACUUUUUUUCAUUUCUUUCGUACUGCAUUUUGCACGAGGGAUUGAAUCAACAUUAUGAACGGAGACAGUUACACUUCUCGAGAUGGCCGUCAUGGCUCAUCUCGAGAUUUUGCUCGCGAUGACCGGAGAGACCGAGGUGAUCGACGGGAGCGACGACGAAGCAGAUCGCCUCGUCGGUCGCAUCGUGAUGCGAGAGAUGAGGAUGCUUAUGCUUCAAGUCGCAGCCACCGAGAUCGCGAACGUGAAGACCGAUACGGUGGUGCUGGCGGCGGCAGAGACCGAAGAGACCGAGAAUGGGAUCGCGAUCGUGGAUCAAGAAGAGAUGGUCGUCGCGAAGAUGCUGGCGGCCGGCCCCCUCGACGCGACCGCGACUUAUUCGAUGAUCGACGCGGUGGCGACAGGCGAGAUCGCGACAGAAUUGAGAGAAACCGAGAUGAUGACCUCUUCGCUCAGAAUCGACGAGGACGUAGCCCAACGCCACCACCCAAGAAGCGCGAGCCAACUCCAGAUCUCACCGACAUUAUCCCUGUUUUAGAGCGCAAACGACGCAUGACCCAAUGGGAUAUCAAGCCUCCUGGUUAUGAGAACGUUACCGCCGAACAAGCCAAACUAUCUGGCAUGUUCCCCCUACCGGGCGCCCCUCGACAACAGCCUAUGGAUCCUACGAAAUUACAAGCUUUCAUGAACCAACCCGGCGGUGCGGUUAACAGCGCAGCACUGAAGCCAGGCAAUUCCCGACAAAGCAAGAGAUUGAUCGUUUACAAUGUCCCUCCUGGUUCAACGGAGGAAAUGAUCAUGGGCUUCUUCAACCUUCAGUUGAAUGGCCUUAACGUUGUUGAGAGUACCGACCCCUGCGUUCUGUGUCAAAUUUCCAAGGACCAGUCAUUUGCUCUUCUUGAAUUCAGACACGCUUCGGAAGCUACCGUUGCCCUCGCCCUUGACGGUAUCUCGAUGGAAGCCGAUGUUGCGAACGGCGCUGCUAAUGGUAAUGGACGUGGUUUGAAGAUCCAGCGACCUAAGGACUACAUUGUACCAGCCAUUGCCGAGGAUGUUCCAUACAAGGCUGGAGUAGUCUCGAACGUGGUUAUCGACACUCCGAACAAAAUCAGCAUCGCAAACCUGCCCCCGUACCUUACCGAAGAACAAGUCACUGAACUGUUGACCUCAUUCGGCGAACUUAAGGCCUUGGCUUUGGUUAAAGAUAUUGGAACCGAGGAAUCUCGCGGUAUCGCAUUCUGCGAAUUCGUUGAUCCCGCCACAACAGACAUUGCCAUUCAGGGCCUCAACGGUAUGGCCAUCGGUGACAACAAGCUUAAGGUGCGGAAGGCUAGCAUUGGUAUAACCCAGGUCGCGGGCGUUGAGAUGGGCGUGAAUGCUAUGUCCAUGCUUGCCGGAACCACCGCCAACGACUCGGAGGAGACUCGUGUUUUGCAGUUACUGAACAUGGUGACACCGGAAGAAUUAAUGGACAACGAUGAUUACCAAGAAAUAUGUGAGGAUGUCCAAGAAGAGUGCUCGAAGUUCGGCCAGAUCAUAGAUCUUAAAGUUCCUCGACCUACUGGUGGUAGUCGACAAUCUUCGGGAGUUGGCAAGAUCUAUGUCAAGUAUGACACGACGGCGUCUGCCAAGAAGGCUCUACAGGCUCUUGCGGGCCGAAAAUUUGCAGACAGAACCGUAGUGACGACAUACUUCCCAGAGGAAAACUUCGAGGUGGGCGCGUGGUAGUUAAAAAAUGGGUUCAUAUAGUCUUUCAUCCCGAAGUACGAAGAGGUUAUUACCGCUGCGCAGAUACGAUUUGCGGGAAAGGAAGGCUGGGCUAACGAAUCGCAAGGCUUAACACUGCGAAUUGUACAACAACAGACAUACGUGAUGGAGUGGCGUACUAAUGAGGCAAUUCACAGCACUUGUCGGGCUUGAAAUCACUGGAUGUGUUCAAUCAUCGGAACGAUAUAAUACUCGUUCGACAUUUCCCGCGUAAAGCGUCAACUCGUAAAUGGUCGCAUACAGAGGUCG